AUUUGCUUGUUGUUUUUACCGCGUCCUGGGUUCGGACAUUUGUUUUGUUUUUUUCUAAGUUUUUUGUUUUGAUUAACGAAAAAUGGAUCCAGAAUGGAAAGUGGACUGUUCCGAUGAUGAAAACUACGGGCUUACUUAUUCUUCUAUGUGUCAACAAUGGGUUCCUUCUCCUGCUGCAGUCGUUCAACUAUUCGAAAGUUACACAGGCGAAAAAGACUGCAAACUUUUGACCCUCGAUUGGGUUCCUGUUUUGGAGGUGGAUGGUAAACCUUUAGCGCAGUCGAAUGCUAUCGCCAGGUACCUCGCCCGACAACACGGAUUGGCCGGCCAAAAUGACUGGGAACAAAGUCAGGCAGACAUGUAUGUCGAUUGCAUCUAUGACUUAAUUGGAGGAUUUUUAAGGCAAUGGUGCCCAAGAAUGGUGAUUCAAACAGCUGGAAUGAAGAGUUAUACACCUCCAAUAGAUUAUUCUGGCAUCGAGUUACCUGAGAAACCAAAACUCACCUAUAUGGAUAAAGUGCCUACAUAUGCUUCCAAUCUGAAACCCCCUAAAAUGGCAAAACGAUUAACAUUGAUGAGAGGACCUGAAUUAAUCCAUAAUGAAUUCAUUCACAAGCAAUAUGGUAUUGUGGCACUCUGUGGAGGCAGGUUGAAUUCUGGUCACAUUGAAAUGAUAAGAAUGACCAUCAACAGAAAGAUGGAUGCAACCAAAAUGUUUGCAGUAUGGAGGAUAGAUCCUCCCUGGCAACCUCUCACCCGGAAGGGUCAAGGUAAACGUAUGGGCGGAGGCAAAGGAGCCAUCGAUCAUUACGUGACGCCUAUCAAAGCCGGUCGUGUCAUAGUCGAGGUGGGUGGCAAAUGCGAGUUCGUGCAGGUUUUCAGUUUCCUCAAUGAAGUCGCCCAUAUACUACCUUUCAAAGCAAAAGCAACUAGCUAUGACCUGAUGGAAGCAGAGAAAAUGAAAGAAAAAGAGUUGGCAGCUUCUAAUGUUAACCCUUAUACCCCUGAAUAUGUUAUUAAAAAUAAUAUGGGUGGUUGCCAUGAUUGGAUAUCCCCAUACGACAAAAAAUGGUUUUUCAAGUAUGUGUAGGUUAGUAUUUUUUUUCAGUCAAUACACUGAUAGAAGUUUA